GCAGUGAGAAUCGCUUCUAAAGAAGGAAACGAAAUGAGAACUUGUGAGGGACGUUUGGAGUUCAAAGAUGUUCAUUUCAAGUACCCAACAAGAGAGACCCCUAUACUGCAAGGCCUCAGCUGGGAAGCGGAACCAGGAGAGACCAUCGCGUUCGUGGGAAAAAGUGGAUGCGGAAAAAGCACUAGU